AUGUGGGGCUACCGAGUGGCCCAGAGUUUCGUCUUUGCCAUUGAGGAGAUUAAUAGGAGUGCUCACUUGUUGCCCAAUUUGACACUGGGCUUCUCCAUUCGAAACUCUGGGGACUCAGUGCACGGAGCCCUCUAUGAGACGAUGGGAUUUCUCACAGGAUGGGAGGAGCCCAUCCCCAACUAUACAUGCCAGCAUGGCUCUCCUCAGGCUGCCUUGGUUGGGGACACACGGUCAUCUCUGUCUGUCUCCAUGGCCAGACUUCUGGGGCUGUACAAGUUUCCCCAGAUCAGUUACUCAUCUUCACUACCCAGCCUGAGUGACAAGAUCCAGUUUCCAUCCUUCAUUCGGACCCUGACUAGUGACCUCACAUCCUCCCAUGCAGUUACCCAGCUGAUAAUUCAUUUUCAGUGGUCCUGGGUGAUCAUUCUGGCCCAAGAUGAUGACUUUGGGCAGCAGGCCAGCUCUCUGGCCACUCAGCAGCUGAGUCUAGAUGGUGUGUGCAUUGAGUUUCACCUCCAUGUCCCUUCCCAGAGGUCUUUGGGAAAGAUUGAAGAGACUGUCCAGAAAAUGCAGAAAUGUACAGCCAGAGUUGUUCUGGUUUUCUUAAGCAAUUCCAAUUUUCAGCUCAUUUUGUAUGGUUUGCUGGCUGUUCCUGUCUCAGGACAGGUGUGGGUAAGCAAAGGCACUCUCCACAUGGCACUUGCUCUGACCAUUCCAGGCAUUUCCCAGGUGUUGCAAGGCACAUUUGGCCUUCUGUAUCACAGCAGCAGGGCUAUUGGCUUCCCUGAGUUCCUUGCUCACCUGCGCCCCAGCCAGACCCCAGAAGACAUGUUUAUAAAGAAGUUCUGGGAGUUCACCUUUGAUUGUACAUGGCCCAGCCAGAACAGCACAGUGACAGAGGGUGUCCAGCUCUGCUCAGGGAAUGAGAGUUUGAAAAAUAAACAGCAUCCUUUCUCAGAAGUGAGCAAAAUUGAUGUUUGAUGCUGCUUACACAGCUGUCUACAGCAUCGCCCAUGCCCUGCAUGAUAUGCUAACUUGUGAGCACCAGGAUGGGAAAGGUACAGACUCCCAGGACUUCCAGCCCUGGCAGCUGCUCCAUGUCCUCAGAAAGGUGCACUUCAAGACUCCUGAUGGACUCAAGAUUAUGUUCGAUGCCAGUGGAGAUUUGGUGACACAAUUUGAUAUUUUCCAAGGGCGGAAGACCCCUGAGGGUGUAUUUCACUUAGUCCAUGUGGGCAUGAUAGACCCUCAAGCCUCUUCAGGGAACAAAAUGAUGGUCCAGUUGAAGGAGGAUCUCCAAGUGAGUGUCCUGAAUGCAGAGAUAACUGUGCCCACCUCUAUCUGCAGUGAAAGCUGCCCUCCAGGGUUCAGCCAAGUGCCCCGACUGGGAGCCCCACACUGCUGUUUUGAUUGCAGUCCAUGCCCUGAGGGACAAUUUGCAGACCAAAGAGACAUGAAGAGAUGUCUUCUGUGUCCCAAGGAGCAGUACUCGAGCCACACCAGAGACCAUUGCCUGCCCAGGACAGAGAUCUUCCUGGCCUUUGAGGAACCAUUGGGAUUCAUAUUGGCUUUGGUGGCACUAUUGCUGGCUGGUCUGGCUGUCCUGGUUCUUGGAGUGUUUCUGAAGCACCAGGAUACACCUGUGGUCAAGGCCAACAACAGAACUCUCAGCUACUUCCUCCUGAUCUCUCUUUCCCUGUGUGCCCUGUGUGCCUUGCUCUUCCUUGGGAGACCCACAGUCACCACCUGCCUCCUCCGUCAGACCACCUUUGCUGUGGUGUUCACAGUGGCUGUCUCCUCUGUUCUGGCCAAGACUCUCACAGUAGUCCUGGCCUUCAGAGUCACCAUGCCUGGGAGCAGGAUCCAGGUAUGUCUGAGCCCUGGUGCUUCGGCCUCGGUAGUCCUCAUUGCUUCCUUCAUACAGGUUGUUCUUUGUGGGGUGUGGUUGGCCACCUCCCCACCAUUCCCAGACAGCGAUAUGGUCUCAGAGCCCCGGCACAUUGUCAUCCAGUGCCAGGAGGGUUCUGGUGCCACCUUCUUCUGUGUGCUGGGCUACUUGGGUUUCCUGGCGGGGGGUACCUUCUCUGUGGCGUUUCUGGCCAGGGGCCUUCCAGAUGUCUUCAAUGAGACCAAGUUCCUCACCUUCAGCAUGCUGCUCUUCUGCAGUGUCUGGACAGCCUUCCUGCCCCUGUACCACAGUGCCCGAGGGAAGUCCACUGUGGCUGUAGAGAUCUUCUCCAUCCUGGCCUCCACUGCUGGACUUCUGGGUGGCAUCUUCAUCCCCAAGUGCUACCUCAUCUUGCUGAAACCGGAGAAGAACACCCUUGCCUGGCUAAGGCAAGGGUACUAUGCACAGCAGGAAAAACAGGGUGAGAUGUUCCAGAGAAGGUAUCAGGUCUCAGGGGAGUCACCAGAACCAAAUGUAUGA